CAUUUGGUGUUGAUCUGUGGUGGUCACGAGUUAGCGUUAGUUGCGGAGGCAGGUCGGUGGGUGGGACCACUGCUCUCGCACCUUCGACUCUCGGAAGCCCCACCUCGAUCUUACGUCAUACUCGAGAGUCGUGGGACUGACUGAGUCCAGUUCGCCAGGCGACCAGCUCUAGCCAGGUGACCCGAUCCGCGAUUAUGGCUAGCCAGUUAGUCGCUCGCGUUUCAACCACUGCCGCUCCGACGCUAGCGGCGGCAGCGGCUGCAGCGGUCGCCACAGCAGCAGUCAGCUCCGACAUCCCCGGCGAUCGCCGCGCCGCUGCUUCCCCUGCCGUGCUCGUUCACUCCGCCAUGGCCGCGUCUCCCGCUACCACCUCUAGUCACCACCGCUUCACGCACGCCAUAGCCGAUCCUGCCGCGUCGCGGUUCAAAACGGCCGGGGGAGCGGUAGCAUCGUCCGUGAUUCUCCGAUCCGCCACCGCCGCCGCAAUUACCCCUCGUUGCCCGGAGUCUAGCCUCGCCGCCGCCUCUCCCAUCCCAUACCAUCCCGCGUCUCCCGCCUCGUAUUAUCUACCACCAGUAUCGUACAGAGGUUUAAGCAGCACGUUUACAGGAUCGCCUAUUCCAUACACGCUAAAAUUGAAUCGCCUGUUUUCGCCUUCCCGCCAGCAGCUUUCCCGCCUUAUCGCACCGUCGACCCUCUUCCCGAUCACGCGAUUAUCUCAACGAUCGGUCACAGCAAGUUAUGGCAACCCGGGUGGUAACACUUUCGGAUUCCCCUUGGGUCAUAUAUUCUCCAUACCGCCGUCAUCUUCACUGGUUUCCGGCCCUUUUAACGGCGACGUCAGUUCGUUCAAGCCUUUCCACCAAUGGCACCGGCCAGCCGUCGGAUCUAACGGCGACGAAGUAGCCGGUGAUUCUGAUGGUUCUGGGACCGGGAAGUCAGAAGUGGCGAAGCCGGUGGUGGUGCUGCUGGGGUGGCUCGGCGCGCAGCAGCGUCAUUUGCGGCGGUACGCAGAGUGGUACACGUCACGCGGGUUCGAUGUAAUCACAUUCGUUAUCCCGUUUAAGGACGUCCUUAGUAUCCGACCUGGAGAGAAGGCGGAGAUCCACGUGGACAGUCUAGUCGACGAGCUGCACAGGUGGCUCUCGGGGACUGGUCCAGAGGUAGCCUUAUCCGCCACGUCAUCAGCUCCCGUGAACCACGUGGAACCACCUAAAGAGCCACGCACGCUGAUAUUCCACACGUUCAGCAACACGGGGUGGCUGGCGUACGGAGCCGUACUUAAUCGGCUCCAUGAGAAGUUCGGCAAGGCGGCUGUCGACGUGGCGAUCAAGGGGUGCGUGGUCGAUUCCGCGCCGAUCCUGGAGCAGGAUCCGCAGGUGUGGGCGCGCGGAUUCGCCGCCGCCAUCCUGCAGAAGCGCAGCUCCGCCACCCGCGCAGGGCGGAAGGCCGUUCCCGCCGCCGCUGAGCCACCCGCGUCGUCUGCUGCUGACUCGGAAGUCUCGGCUGGGGAAGGGAAGGAGGGUACUGGGAAGAUGUGGGGAGUGACAGACGGCGGCGAGUGGGAAGCGCAGCCUAGAGACGAAGCGCAAGCCGCAGGGCCCGACGCUCAGAAACACCGUCGCAGCUCCCUGGGCUUCGCGUCGAUCAACGCUGACAUAGAUGUGGUGGAGGAGGGGGAGGGGGAGGGGAGGAGGGGGAAAGUGGUGAAGGCGGAGGAGGAUGCAGUGGAGAAAACGCUGCUGAGCGUGCUGAGGAGGUUCUUCACGUGGCUGCUGCAGGUCCCCGUUGUCAAGACCAAGCUCGAUACAGUCACAAGCACACUCGCUUCGGAGCAGCCGCAGUGCCCUCAGCUGUACCUCUACAGCACGGCAGACACAGUCAUUCCCGCACAAGCUGUGGAGUCGUUCAUCACGAGGCAGAGGGCGCGCGGAUGCACCGUCUUGGCUAAGAGGUUUGACUGGUCCCCGCACGUUGACCACUACCGGACCUUCCCGGAAGUUUACUCGGCUGUGCUUGAGACGUUUUUGAAAAAGUGUCUGCCGCAACCCAAGCAAGCAGCCGCAGCCGCAGCAGGAGCAGCUGAGCAAUGAGAAGGGAGGGGGCGGGGGGGGAGAGGAAACGGUGUUGGAAAGCCACAGCCAGCAUGAGCAGAAUGAGCAGCAGCACCAGCAGCACAAGCGGCGGCGCCGGCGCAGCGGCAACUUGGGACAGAGAGGAGGGCAGGAGCAGAGCAGCAGAGGAAUGGGGAGCAGAAGCGUGAUGGUAGUGAGGCUGGUACUGGGAGGUUACAACCUGCUUUUAACAGUGGCGGAACACAGUCGGGAGUGCAUGCGGCACAACAGCCCUAGCUGCAGCAGCAGGAUCAGGAUCAGGGGCAGAGGAGAGCAGGAGCAGCAGAAUUAGAAAGGGGGGGGGGGGGGGGGGGGGGAGAGAUCAGAAGGGCAGCAUGGGAGGAGAGGCUCUGGUACUUGUGGGUAGAGCCAGUCUAUGCCGCAGUACCGCAGCAACACAUUCAUGUGUGCCCCUGUGAGUGACAUUGGAGCAUGGCUUUUCAAGAGCGGUGGAUCACUUGCGUUGCCAAGCGCAGGUUAGAGUACCAGUAACCAGUUGUUGCAAUGGCAUGGCAGCCAUCAGUUCCACAGACCAGAUCAGGACCCGAUUCUGUAGAUCCGUUUGCUGCUGAGAUGGCCCACUGGAUGUAGGUACCGUCGAUACCAUGUAUGUGUUGUGAUAAAGUCGUACUUAAGCA